AUGUACGGAAUUUCUAAGGAACUCGAGCUACAUAGAAGUACAGUGAGCAGAAUUUUGGAAAAUAGGGAUAGUAUUUUAGAGGAAUACGCUAGAAUGAAAAUCAGUAAACCUAAAAAAACCUGGCUUUUAACUGAAACAGAAUCGAUUUUAAUGUUAUGGUGCUCUGACCAAGCUAGGGACAAUAUUGAGCUAACAAAAGAAAGCGUAUGUGAACAAGCCAUGGAAUUAUUUGAGUCAUUGAAAUCACAACAUAGCGAAUAUAGUGACGAAACAUUUGAUGCAAACGAAUACUGGUAUAUUGAUUUCAAACGUCGCUGUGGCUGGUACAAGGCUGCAGGGACACAGGAAACUGCAUCUAAACCUGAGUUAAAUGUUGAAAGAAUAAAACAGGCCAUAAACAAUGGGGGCUAUUCGCCACAGACUGUAUUCAAUGUUUGCUACACGUCGUUAUUUUGGAAGAAAUUGCCUGAUGCUUGUGAAAUCGCACGCGCAGAGCAAGCAUCUGAAACAGGUUUCAAAAAAUCUAAGGACCCAUUAACAAUCAUGGUUGGUGGAAAUGCAGCAGGAGAUUUCAAGUUGAAGCCUCUCAUGGUGUACCGCACUGAAAACCCAAAAGCUUUACAUGGUAAGUCUAAAGGUGGGCUGCCCGUCAUUUGGAAGUCCAACCCUAGGGCGUGUAUGUUGCCUUCUCUCUUCGAGGACUGGUUUGGCAACCAUUUCAUUCCUUCGGUACAAAACUACUGCACUUCAAAUGGAAUACCAUUCAAAGUCAUGCUAAUUAUUGCCAGCGCCCCAGAACAUUUGCCUAGCACUUUGCUUGACUUUGACCAUCGCGUGAAGAUACUUUUUCUAUCUCAAGAUGAAGCAUAUUCGCAACCAAUGACGGACUUGAUCUCAAUACUGAAAGCAGAUUACACACGCCGGUUAUUGGAGUACAUUAAAUCUACUGUGGAGCCAGCUGCCUCGGCCAGACUCUUCAUGGUAGCAGUUUUAAUGGCUUGGCAGAAGUUUAAUAUUCUACACACAAUAAGAAUUUUCAUGGAUUCAUGGGAAGGUUUGGAUCAAGAAGACUGGAUCUCGGCCUGGGAGAAGAUAUUUCUGACAAGCAAUGGAGCUGAUGAGAGUGAUGAAUCGACCGAUACGCACAGUCGAGUUUCACAAAUAAUUGAAAAUAUUGAGCAACUUGCACAUGAGCUUAAAUUAAAUGUCAGUGACAGAGAUAUCGAGGCGCUGUUAUAUUCUCACUCUACAGAACUCACACCAGAUGAGUUUAUGGAAUUACGAGCCCAAAGUGUAUUGGAAGAACACGAUACCUCAGAAGCAUUAGGACACACAACGUCAAACAUGACUGUCGAAAAUUUGUCGGAGGCGCUCACUGGUAUCAAAAACGGGUUAAACAUUUUACAGGACAUCGAUCCAAAUGAAAGUAGGGCUAGGGAUAUUAAGAAACAAAUAUAUGAAUUACUAAAACCUUACGAAGAAACAUUAAGUUCGAAACUAAUGGAAAAUAAUUAA